AUGGACAGCAGCCAAUCAGGAACGCAGCCAUACAUGCACAAUGCGUGCACAGCUGUUCGUGUGCUUCCCCGGCUCACGGCUGUCACUCGCUGGUGUCGUAAUGUGGAGUGCUGUGACAUGUUGAAACUUGAAAUAGUGAAAGAUUGGUGUUACCUGUGGAAGUAAACAUAAAGCAGUAGAAGUAAAAUGUCACGGAAUCGCUUUCGUACGGAACAGCUUGAGCGCGAGGUGCGUGCCAGGCCUUUGCAGGGGGUGCGUGCCAGUCCAUUACACUGGUCUGAGCAGUCUGACAACAGUUCUGACGGAGACCAGGACGAGGUUGAUGGAGUGGAGGACAGUCCCCAUCCUUCUGUAGAGUCACAAGAGUAUGAAGCUGAAGAUGAGGAACCAUAUGCUGAUUAUGAACUUCGUAGAGUCGAUGGCAGAAAUCGAUACCGCGAAUCCUCGAGAAGUCCUGUGUUGAAUAGAAGACCCAUAAAUCAGCGUGCUGCAGUCACAGAGGAAUACAGGAUUUGUAGAGAGAGCAAUGACUCAUUUCAUCCUAAAGUUUAUGUUCCAGAAUAUCAGGAUGAUUGGAAACUUAAAUAUGAACAAAACAAUGCCUUAAAAGAGUCAGUGCAAGGUAAAGAUAGUAGAAACCUAAAAAUGCCUUUGACUGUAGCUUUAUCGUUAGUAAUAGGUUUCUGUCUAGUCUACGGAACUUUUUUUGCAAGUUCUUCUGAAGAAAAUAGUUACACAGGCAUAGAAAAUAUGGCUGCAGCAGUGAAAAAUGCAUUGUCACGAUAUGAAAAUAUUCCAGAGGAUGUUGAGUUUCAGCUUUCUGCCGGUAUACGUAAUGUAGUGGAAAGUGAUCCCACCAAACCUUCAAUUUUUGUUCUCCUCCACAAUAACACUGGUGAGGGACCUUUUUGCCUGGCAAAUGCUAUUGGUAAUCUUGCAAUGAAAUACUUAGAAUCAGAUGAAAAAGUUCCUCUCAUUUUAAAACCAGAUGAAUUGUUGCAGAAUGAAAAUAUGUCUAGGGACUAUGGCUGGAUUAUAGAUCAUUACAAACCUCGUAUUGAGAAACACCGUUCAGUAAUAGUUAACAAUUUGCAGAAUUUUCCUGGCAGAAUGGCCAUGGCUUUUCAUUUCUUAUGUGAUGUUGAAAACCCUGUAGUUCGAAAGGCCCUAUUUCUUUUUACAUUGCAUGUUCCAAAUGUGCAUAGUAGGAGGGUGGUGGAGCAGGCAGAAAAUGUGAUGCACAACAUUUGGAAAGAAGAAGUUGAUAAUGAUCAACGUCAGGCUCUUAUAACACGCUUGACAGAGGGUGUAAUUUCUUUGCCACUGAACAUAUUACACAAUGAAGCAUGUCCCUGACUGAAUAAGUAUUACUCCAAAAUGUGAAAUCUGUAAAUGUUGAGUAUUGUUUAAUACUUAUGAGUUGACUAGAAUCAGUGUUGUGAAAACAAUAUAUUUUAGAAUUUUUUUUGCAACUUGUGAAUCUGUAGGAAGAUACUUUAUUGGUGCAUAUUGUUUUAUUUGUUUGUUUUCUUUAGAACAACAAAAUAUUUGCACUGAGGUAGGCUCAUAUCUUAGAUUACAAAUUUGAACAGUAUCCUUUCUUUUUAUUUCUGAAAAAUAUUAGACGGUGUAUGAUAAUAAUGUUUAAUCUGUGUCUAUUAGUACCAUUAUGUGCUGGAUUAGUGAUUCAGUGUAAUUUUCAGCUUAAAUCUGAGUUAAACUUGAAAAAGACUCUGGUAUUUCACACUCAGCAUAACAUUAUACUGAUCCCAUGGAAAAGAAAAGCAAAAUACUGUGAAGAUAUCGGUGUUGGAUAUGUUACCACAGCUCUUUUAUUAAUUGUGCUUAGCCUAUCUAUUUACAUUAUUAUGAAGACAUGUUACAUUUUUCACAAGAUUUUCAAAUAAAAUUUGAUUGCAUACCUUUUUUGUGGCA